CGAGCAUUUUGAUCCCUUGAGCAAACAAAGAAAGAGAAAAGAACAUUAACAAUAAGAAGCACACACACAUUUAUUAUAUACACACUUCACAAACGGGAAUUCGCUCACGUAGCAAACGAAUUUGAGUAGUCGUUUGCAACAAGAAAUUCUCAUUUCAUUCACUGAGAUGAGACAAUAAUUAGAUGAUAACAAGGUCUACCUGCUCCGAAAAGUAACACGAGAGAUAGUGUGGAAAACAAGAGCUUUUGUCCAUAUGUCUCUAAGAAGAAUGGAGAUGUCAACGGAGCAAAAGAAAGCCACCGAUGUGGUUGAAAAGAAAAAGGGAGGUUACAGAACAUUGCCCUUUGUCAUAGCAAACGAGACAUUUGAAAAGGUUGCAAAUGUGGGGCUCCAUGUGAACAUGAUUUUGUACCUGCUACAAGAGUAUCAUUUUGACCCUGCAACAGCAGCUAUUGUAAUAUUCCUGUGGAACGCUGUGUCCAAUUUUUUGCCUAUCUUUGGUGCUUUCCUUUCUGAUUCUUGGCUGGGACGAUUUCGCGUUAUUGCAUUUGGAACAGUCAUCGACCUUGUUGGCUUAGUUGUGUUGUGGCUCACUGCUAUUAUCAGGCAUGCAAGACCUGAAUGUCAUGAAGAACCAUGUGCAAAAGCUACGGCACCACAACUCGUGUUUCUUUUCUCUUCCCUUGCUCUCAUGGCUCUUGGAGCUGGUGGCAUUAGGCCAUGUACCUUAGCCUUCACUGCUGAUCAAAUUCACAACCCUGAGAAACCACAAAAUGAGAGGACCAUGAAGAGCUUCUUCAACUGGUACUAUGUUUCGGUUGGCGUUUCAGUAACGGUUUCGGUGAUAUUUAUAGUGUACAUCCAAGUUAAAGCAGGAUGGGUUGUGGGUUUUGGGAUUCCUGUAGGGCUUAUGACAUUUUCUGCUAUCAUGUUUUUCUCGGGUUCUUCCAUGUAUGUCAAAGUGAAACCAAACAAGAGCUUGCUCACUGGCUUCGCCCAAGUGAUUGUGGCAGCAUGGAAAAACAGACACUUAACCCUGCCUCCCAACAACUCUGACAUUUGGUAUUUCCACAAUGGCUCUCAUCUUGUUCAACCAACAAACAAAGCAAGGUACUUGAACAAGGCUUGCAUGAUCAAGAACAGAGAGAAAGAUUUGGACUAUGAUGGGAUGCCGAUUGACCCAUGGAGUUUGUGUACAGUGAGACAAGUAGAGGAAUUGAAAGCCAUAAUCAAAGUCCUUCCCAUUUGGUCCACUGGCAUCAUACUUGCCACCACUAUAAGCCAACAAUCAUUUUCUGUGGUCCAAGCAACCACCAUGAACAGGGUGGUGCUUCACAUGAACAUUCCAUCAACCAGCUUCAGUGCAUUCAUAAUCAUCACUUUGACCGCAUGGGUGGUUGUUUAUGACCGCAUUCUACUCCCCUUGUUUCCUAAGGGAAGAGGACUCACCGUUAAGCAAAGGAUGGGAAUUGGGGUAGUGAUCUCAUGCUUGGCCACUCUAGUGGCAGCAUUGGUGGAGAAUAAGAGAAGAAAUGAAGCCAUAAGGGAAGGGUUUAUAGACAACCCCAAAGGAGUGGUGAAUAUGUCUGCUAUGUGGUUAGUACCCCAAUAUUGCCUAUAUGGUUUAGCAGAGGGUUUGAAUAUCAUUGGACAAAUAGAGUUCUAUUACUCUCAGUUUCCUAAGGCAAUGUCAAGUAUUGCUAUUUCCCUGUGUACUUUUGGCUAUGGAGUGGGGAACUUGUUGGGAAGCCUUAUUGUGAAGAUUGUGCAAGAUGGGACAGGAAGAGGAGGAGGAGAUAGUUGGCUAGCAUCAAAUAUCAACAGAGGCCACUAUGAUUACUAUUAUGCCUUCCUUUUCAUUCUCAAUUUGGUUAAUUUACUGUACUUCCUCAUAUGUUGUAAGGCUUAUGGGAGUACUAAUGAUAUAAAAAUGUGGGAUGAAGAGGUUGAGACAAGAGUAAUAUCAAAGAAAGAGAUGGACACAAAAUGAAGAGGGGAGGCGAGAGUAAAAAAAAACUGACUUUUGGACACCUACAAAGCCAUUUGACAUUUAAUAAGAAAGAGAUAAAAAAAAGUUGUAUCCAUAUCAUAUAUGUGAUAAAGAAAAGAGAGAUGAAAAAAAUAUAAAUAUUGAUUAGGUGUUUUGAAAAGUGGAGUCUCCAAAAAUUAUUGCUCUAUUUUACUAUAGUACUUGAAAUUUGUGUAUUCAGAUUAUUUAAAUAUAUUAUAUCAACAAAAAUGAUACUUGUA